AUGGACGUUGGACCGCAGAAUCCGGGUCCACCGGACGAGGCAGACGGAUCAGGAAAGGAACCACCCAAGAAGGAUGAAAAGACGAAGUUCAACUGGAAGGAGACGACUUUCAAGAUGGCCGAGGCAGCUUUGACGACGUUGGCAUCGGUGGCGAUUUUAGGAAUCGUCGGCUACAGCUACACGCGGUACUACAAGUACAUGAUUCUCGAAAAGAUGGAGAAUGCUUUCGCUCCGGGCGACCCUGUCCUCGACCUGGCAGCAACCGCAAAAAGAGGGUUACCAUCCGACUACCCAAAGGACGCCGCAGACCAGGGGAAGCAAAUGGAGCACUGGGUGCUGCGGGAUGAACAGGCACUCAUCGACGCAAUCGUCUCCGGCAAAGCCAAGGGACAGUACUUCCUCCUCGUCGGGGAGAAAGGCACCGGCAAGUCCAGCAUGCUCAUCGACGCCAUGGCCAAAAUAGACGGCGAAGGCUGCGCCAUGUUCGACGCCCACGCCGACCCAGAGAUCUUCCGCAUUCGCCUCGGCAAAGCCCUCGACUUCGAGUUCCACGAAGACAACAUCGGCUCCCUCUUCUCCAUCCGUGGGCCCCGCGACGCCUCCGCCCUGCUGGACGUCGAGCGCGCCUUCAACAAACUCGAGAAAGUCGCCCUCAAGCGCCGCGACCGCCUCAACAAACCCCUCAUCAUCAUCGUCAACUCCAUGCACCUGCUCCGCGACGACGACGAAGGCCGCGAUCUGCUCGAACUCCUGCAACAGCGCGCCGAGCAAUGGGCCGCCAGCAACCUCGCCACGGUCGUCUUCAACUCCGACGACUACUGGAUCUACGAGCGCCUCAAACAAUACGCCACCCGCAUGAACGUCAUCCCCAUCCUCGACCUCAACAAGCCCAAAGCCCUCUCCGCCCUAUCAAACUACCGCCUCAAAUUCCACGGCGAGCGGACCUCCCCACAGAUCCUCGAACAAGUGUACGACCUCGUCGGCGGGCGCCUCUCCUACCUCGGCCGCGUGGCCAAAUCGGCCGAUAUGCUGCAAACGGCCAAAGAUAUCUGUCAGAUGGAGAAGACGUGGUUCCUGAACAAAUGCUGGAUCCUCGGCAUGGAAAUGGACGACGACGUCAUGGACCAGCAGAAAUACGCCUCGGCCGCCAUGGUGCUGGCGAAAGCCCUCGUCGAUCUCGAAAAGGACAUGGAAGCCACCUACGACCCGGAGAAAGGCCACAUCUUACCGCAGAUGCCUUUACACAAAGCGCGCCAGGUCAUGACCCGCGCGGACUUUAUACAAAGCUACGACGCCAUCAACGUCUUCACCAUCGACAGCAACGCCAUGGUGCGAGCGGACAGCGUGCCGAUGAUGAACGCCUUCCGCGAAGUCUGCGCGCAACCUGGGUUUGAGGAGUUUUUGGAGGCGACGUUGACGCGCAUCGGGGAUAUUGAGAGUCUGGGGCGGACGAGGGAGUUGACGAUUAAGGAUUUGUGGGAGGGGGGACGGUAUGAGGCGAAGAUGGUUGAUGCGAGGGGGAGGGAGAGUGGGGGGUUGACGUUUGCGGUGAAGGAGAAGGAGGGGGAGGAGGGGGGUGAUUAG